AAGAAGAAAAAUAAAAAGAAGAAGUCGAACAGCAUUAAUGGAUAGAACUGCGGUGUCGUUUCUUUCGAAAGAACUGCAAAGAUGAUGCCCACACCAGUUAUUCUGCUAAAGGAGGGGACCGAUACGUCUCAGGGCGUCCCCCAGCUGAUCAGCAACAUCAAUGCCUGUCAGGUCAUCGCAGAGGCCGUCCGUACGACCCUGGGGCCUCGCGGCAUGGACAAACUCAUAGUGGACGGCAGAGGCAAAGCCACCAUCUCCAACGACGGGGCGACCAUCCUGAAGCUGCUGGAUGUGGUUCACCCUGCAGCCAAGACCCUAGUGGACAUCGCACGUUCUCAGGAUGCUGAGGUGGGAGAUGGUACUACAUCAGUGACCCUGCUAGCAGCUGAGUUUCUAAAGCAGUUGAAGCCGUACGUGGAGGAGGGUCUCCAUCCUCAGACCAUUAUCAGGGCCUUUCGCAACGCUACGCACCUGGCCGUCAAGAAGAUCAAAGAAAUCUCUGUCACCGUCAAGAAGGACAACAAGAAAGAACAGAGGGAACUCCUGGUGAAGUGUGCAGCCACAGCCAUGAACUCCAAGCUGAUUGCAGGUCAGAAGGAGUUCUUCAGUGAGAUGGUGGUGGAGGCUGUCAUGAUGCUGGAUGAACUGCUGCCUCUCAAGAUGAUCGGUAUUAAGAAGGUGCAGGGGGGAGCUCUGGAGGAGUCUCACCUGGUAGCUGGCGUGGCGUUCAAGAAGACGUUCUCCUACGCUGGGUUUGAGAUGCAGCCUAAACGCUACGACCAACCCAAGAUCGCCUUGCUCAAUGUGGAGCUGGAACUGAAGGCCGAGAAGGACAACGCAGAGGUUCGCGUAAAGUCUGUUGAGGACUACCAGGCAAUUGUGGACGCUGAGUGGAACAUCCUGUAUGAUAAACUGGAGAAGAUCUACAAGUCUGGAGCCAAGGUGGUUCUGUCCAAACUGCCCAUAGGAGAUGUGGCCACACAGUACUUUGCCGACCGGGACCUGUUCUGUGCCGGACGCGUUCAGGAGGAGGACCUCAAGAGGACCAUGAUGGCAUGCGGGGGCUCCAUCCAGACCAGUGUUGGCUCCAUGACAGAUGACGUCCUGGGGCGCUGUGAACUCUUCGAGGAGGUGCAGGUCGGAGGAGAGAGGUAUAACUUCUUCAAGGGUUGUCCUCGGUCCCAGACAUGCACCAUCAUCCUGAGGGGCGGAGCAGAGCAGUUCAUGGAGGAGACGGAACGCUCUCUACACGAUGCCAUCAUGAUCGUACGCAGAGCCAUCAAGAAUGACUCCAUCGUGGCAGGUGGGGGUGCGAUAGAGAUGGAGCUCUCCAAGUAUCUGCGUGAUUAUUCCAGAACAAUUCCCGGGAAGCAGCAGCUGCUGAUUGGAGCAUAUGCUAAAGCAUUGGAGAUCAUCCCCAGACAGCUGUGUGACAACGCAGGGUUCGACGCCACCAACAUACUGAACAAGCUGCGCGCCAAGCACGCACAGGGUGGUAUGUGGUACGGUGUGGACGUGAACAACGAGGAUAUAGCUGAUAACUACCUGGCGUGUGUGUGGGAACCCUCCAUCGUGCGUAUUAACGCCCUUACCGCCGCCAGCGAGGCCGCCUGCCUUAUCCUCUCCGUGGAUGAGACUAUCAAGAACCCCCGCAGUAGCGUAGAUGGGCCACCAGGGGGUGGGAGAGGCCGGGGCCGCGGGAGACCCCACGCUCACUAGGGGGGGGGCUAACCUCUGACCUGACCCCCUCACCUCCAAAGCCAUAGAUAGUCAGUCAAACUAGGUGAAAUAUGAAGUAUCCUCCCAUUUUGGUGCCAAAUUUUUCGAUGGCACCAGCAUUCUAGAUUGGAUUCUGUUCAUUGAUUUAGAAUGUGAUGGCGUCUCUAUGAUAACUUGGCAUCUUUCUAAUGAGGUUUGCUGAUAUCUGUAUGUCUACGGCUCUGGUUAAGUCCACUCCAGUCCCUUUCAACUCUUCACAUAGGAGGUACAACAGCCACUUCAGUUGUGAUACUCUGGCCUCUGGCUAGGAUGGUGGUAGAAUUUGGUCCAAUUUCCCCUCUCUCCUCUCUCUCUCUCUCUUCUUUUUGUUACUAAUGGCAUCCAUGUUGUCCAGUCACCUCAGUGUACGAGUUGGCCAGAAGCAGUUCACCUGUCACAUAUAUGAAUGUAACAUCAGGCUAAUAUCAAAGUCUUACCUGCUUUUUGUCUUCAAACUACUAACCACAACUCUACCACUUUGUGAGUCAAACUACCAACCACAACUGAGACCCACUGAGUUUCGCAUUGCUUUGCACUGAGAUGGCUGGAAACAUGAGCGCCUCCUGGCCCAAAAUACCCAUUUUUGUAUACGUUUAGGACCCCCAUCCCUCCAACUCUCCCCCCACCCUCUCUCCAGCCAUUGUCUAGGUCAGAGUCGAGAGUGCUGUCUUUUGAAAUGCUUCUGUCAGUCAUGUUGAGUUGUUUUUGUUGCUUCGCCAGUGGAACUAUAUUAUUAGACCAUUAAAGUCAGUACUUCCACAACUCAA